UGGGAGGUCUUCCGAGUCGUUUCACACGCGAUCCCGUUCCGGCCCCAAAUUUCGAAUCAGUUGACCACAGAAUCUCCAUUCACUAGAGCGGCGCAGGGCGAAGUAAUUCCGUGGUAAAACGAGGCCACGAUGGAAGUGAAGGUCGAGGAGAAUGACCUGAAAACCGCCGGUGCUGAGCUCCUAACUGGGGAUGGUCGACGUGGUAUUCGCAUCCGCGGUUGGGAGAUUGAGACUUUGAAACACUCUAUACUCAAGUCCUCCACUGCUCAAGAAUGGGAACAGAAACUUCAGACAUCUCACUUGCCAGAAAUGGUUUUUGGGGAAAAUUCCUUGAUUCUAAAACACGUAAAGAGUGGCACUAAACUUUAUUUUAAUGCAUUUGAUGCUCUAUGUGGCUGGAAACAGGAAGCCCUGCCCCCAGUGGAAGUGCCAGCAGCUGCGAAGUGGAAGUUUAGAAGCAAACCCUCUCAGCAAGUAAUACUAGAUUAUGACUAUACAUUUACAACUCCUUAUUGUGGAAGUGGAACUAUCGAGAUUGAUAAAGAUAAGGACGCAAGUGUUGCCGAGGAACAAUGCAAUCUCAAAUGGGAAGACUGCGAGGAGAAGAUUGAUGUAGUUGCAUUGGCAUCAAAAGAACCUAUACUAUUUUAUGAUGAGGUGAUCCUAUAUGAGGAUGAGCUAGCUGAUAACGGAGUAUCUCUUCUUACUGUAAAAGUGAGAGUCAUGCCAAGUUCUUGGUUUCUUCUCUUGCGAUUCUGGCUAAGAGUUGAUGGAGUGUUGAUUAGACUGAGAGACACUCGCAUGCAUUGUAUAUUUGGUGGUGAAAAUCCUGUUAUACUUCGGGAGAUGUGCUGGAGAGAAUCUACGUUUGAAGCAUUGUCUAUGAAUGGACACCCUGUUGAUUCUUCUGUCUAUAGCGAUCCUAGCGCCAUCAGCAUGAAGCUCCCUGUGGUCAUGCACAAGACCCAAAAGUUAACCAUUUCCGCUUAAUCUGUAAGAAUAACAUUUUGCAAUGGCUGUUGAAUCCAUCAAUUGCUUCGAAGAGCGGACAGGAUGCGGGUUAUGAUAUGGCGGGGACUCUUGGGCGUACCAGCUAAGGAAAUAGCAGAUAGCAUGCUAAUCUUGAAGCUUUUCGGAUACUUGUAAUUUUUAAAGUUAUUCUGAGGUCGUGACGUUAACAAAUGGUUUUAUUUGGAGAAAGGUACUGGAACUGAAAGUGAUGACAAUAAUUGAACACUAAUUGUUUUGUACCGUUUAAAGAGGAAAAAAAGUACAGCUUGAAGCGAGCAGGUCUAUACUCCUUUGAUUCUUCAGGAUGAAUUUUUAAGAGCUUCUUUGUCUGAAACUGUAAAGCUUCACAUGUAAUUGUGUAAAUUUACGUCAUCAGAUAGAAUGCAUCAUUUUCUCUCCCUCUCGCCGGUUUCGAACAUGGAACCUCAAGUCAACAACCUGUGACUUACCAUGAGGCCCAAUGUGCCGGCAGAAUGUAUCAUUUUCUACAGACAGCAGAUAGCGCAAUUAUGUCGUUAUUUUAUUGAG